AUGAAUCUAUUAAUUGUACAGUUAAAACUGCAAAUGCAUAACUUGUGGAUUAUUUUAUUUUCAGGUGAAACAGGCACUCUUGAAAGUGAGAUUGCCGCUCAGAUCACCGCGAAAAAGGCCUGGAAGCUAAUUCUUCCUGGUGGCCCUCAGCUAGGCCCAGAAGCAAUCAAAACUGGAAUUGAUGUCGAGGUCACCGCGAGCUUUUCCAAAGUGUCGAUAAUUACCAUGUUGGCGCCUUCUCCUGAUUGGUUCAUUGGAAUUGACAGUCGUGACAUGUGUGACAACGGCAAAUGGCGGGAAAGUAUGAAUGUCACCAUGUUAGCCCCAUAUGAUGCCGGGACGGAGAACGGAACAGCAUUUUCGACCAACAAUACAGCCACUAACCCGCCUGAUAAAAUUUCCAAAAUCACAAACAACACGGCUGGUGCUUUUAAUGGCCCAAAUCCCAUCCCAAGCUUGGGAGAGUUUAGGUUUGUGAAGACAGAUGGACCAGCGGAACCAACCGAAAGCUCAGUCGGCAAAGCAUCUUUUAAUUUUGCAGUGUUCACAAGCGCUGCUAUCAUACUAGCGUUGUUGUUUUGA